GAAACUUCCGCGAUUUUAACAUUCUUUCAUGGUAGCGCCAGUUCUCGGCCUCCUCUGUAUACAGGCAAUUGCUAGCUCUCUGGAAAAUUGAAUGUGCGCCCCGGUAAAUUUUCAAUUGCUAAUUUGACGGCUGUUUGUUAACGAGCUCUCAAACUUUCGCUGCUCUCCUUAUCCUCACACACACCACCAACCUCCAGCUUAAACCACAAAACCCUACUUUCUUUCGUGGUGAUUCUGGAAAUGGCAUCUUCUAAUGCUGUCUCUUCAGCUUCCAUUCUUUGCUCUCCCAAACAGGGGAGAUUGAGGAGGAGAGUAAAUCACCAGCAUAAUGGAAGACAGAAUUAUGGGCAAUCAGUCAGAAGAUUUAUAGUGCGAGCUAAUGCCAAAGAUAUUGCCUUUGACCAGAACUCGAGGACUACGCUUCAGUCUGGCAUUGAUAAGCUUGCUGAUGCUGUGGGGCUUACUCUUGGUCCUAGAGGGAGAAAUGUUGUCUUGGAUGAGUUUGGAAGUCCCAAAGUAGUCAACGAUGGAGUAACAAUUGCUCGAGCUAUUGAGUUACCUGAUCCCAUGGAGAAUGCUGGUGGGGAAGUUAUCGAAAGUAAAAAGGUUUUGAAGGAGGUGCACACUGGAGUAGGCAAGAAGACGAGCUUGCAAAAGGAUGACAAGAUGGAUGUGGAGAGCAAUUAUGAGGUGGGUAGGAAAAAUAAGCCUAAGAAGAAAAAGAAGAAAGAUAAAAAUAAAACUGGAAGGGAUCAUUUGGAUGAAAUUAUCGUGGACUAUGUUGAGUCUCCAAUGAAGGAGAGGAAGAAAAAGAAGCAGAAGCAUAAUCUUGAUGUGGAGUCUAAAUCACCAAAACUGAUGGAGGAAGAUGGAGAUAACAUUGAUUUGGCUGAAGAUGAAAAUGUAGCUGCACAGGCUCUUUAUGCAGAAGAUGGUAGAAAAGAUGAAAAAAAGAGAAAGAAAAGGAAGAGAGAGAAGGAUGUCAGUGAUACUGAGAUAAUGAUUGCUGAAAGUGACCAAAAAAAUGUUGCAAAUGAAAAUAAGUUGGAUGGAGAUGUCAUGGAAGAGGUUGAGCAUUCAAGGAAGAAGAGUAAGAAAAAGAAAAAGGAUGAUGUUUAUUUGGAAGCUGCAUCUCAAGAAGGAAUGGAUGGGAAAUUAGGUAACCAAAACAAUCUAAUUGGAGAAAAUGAAGGCAAUGAAUAUUCAAUUGAAAGUGAGGCAAGUGGUGGGAAAAUAAAAGACCAUGCUAUUAAGAAAGUCAAGAAGAAGAAGAAACGGAAGUCUGCUGAAAAUGGUUUAAAAGGAAAAGGUAGUGAAAGAAAACAGAGAAUCGGCAAAGGUUCUGAGGCUAACAAUCCAUCAGAAAGGUCUACACCAAAAGGGACAUCUAAGAGAGUAAGCUUUUCUGAAGAUGUGGAGAAAGAUGUCAGUGAUACUAAGAUAAUCAUUGAUGGAAGUAACCAAAAAUAUAUUGCAAAUGGAAAUAUCAUGGAAGAGGUUGAGCAUUCAAGGAAGAAGAGUAAGAAAAAGAAAAAGGAUAAUUUUUGUUUGGAAACUGCAUCUCAAGAAGGAAUGGAUGGGAAAUUAGGUAACAAAAACAAUCCAAUUGGAGAAAAUGAAGGUAAUGAAUAUGCAAUUGAAAGUGAGGCAAGUGGUGGGAAAAUAGAAGACCAUGCUGUUAAGAAAGUCAAGAAGAAGAAGAAGAAGGUCAAGUCUGCUGAAAAUGGUUUAGAAAGAAAAGGUAGUGAAAGAAAACAGAGAGUUGGCAAAGGUUUUAAGGCUAACAAUCCAUCGGAAAGGUCUACACCAAAAGGGACAUCUAAGAGAGUAAGCUUUUCUGAAGAGGUGGAGGUUUUCCCUUUAUCUGAUUGUCAAAGUGGUGAGACUGUUCAGAAAAAGGAAUUGGUGCAGGGGAAGCGUUUCUCACAUGAGGAAGAUGAGAUGGUUAAAGAGGCUGUUUUGAACUACAUUAAUGCUCGUGGAUUAGGUGAAGAAGGCCUAAAGAUGGUUCUCAACUGUAAAAAGCAUCCUGAAAUUAAAAAUUGUUGGAAAGAAAUAGGGGAAGCCUUACCUUGGAGGCCAUAUAUUAGUGUUUAUUAUCGAGCCCAUAUCUUGUUUGAAAGGGAUGAAAGACGUUCUUGGACCCCAGAAGAGUACGAAAUAGUGCAUAAGUUUCAUGAGAAAUAUGGAGCUGAAUGGAAAACUUUGGCUGAAGCACUUGGCAAACACAGGAUUCAUGUGAAGGAUGCAUGGCGUAGAAUAAAACUUGCCAAUAGGAAAAGAGGGAGAUGGUCCCAAGAGGAGUACCAGACAUUAUUUGAUCUGGUGAACAUGGAUUUGCGAAUGAAAGCUUUUGAGGAAGUUAGAUCAUCCAAACAUGGAAUGUUGAGAGAUAAUAUCUGUUGGACAGCAAUCAGUGACAAGCUGGGAAGCAGAACUACUCCUAUGUGCUGCAUGAAAUGGUAUAACCAAUUAACUUCACCUAUGGUAGCUGAAGGUCAAUGGCUGGAUGUAGAUGACUAUCGACUUGUGAUUGCGCUCUAUGACUUGGAUGCUUGCUGCAUGGAAGAUGUGGACUGGGACAAUCUGCUGGAGCAUAGAUCUGGUGAUGUGUGCCGAAAGAGAUGGAACCAAAUGGUCAAACACCUUGGUGAUCAUGGGAAUAAGUCAUUUGCUGACCAGGUUGAAGUUCUUAUGCAGCGUUACUGCCCAGAUGUUCUUGAAGCAAGAGAGGCCUACUAUAGCAAACCUCUGGUUACUUGAGUUUAUGGUUCUGUGACAUGUUUGUUUUUUUCUGGGCUCUUUUACAAUCUUUUGAAGCCUAAAGCUGUUGCCAUCUAUGUAGAGCUUGGAAAAGUGGGUUGUUAUGUGCUCUGUAAAGUUUUUACUGCCCCUGAUUGUAAAAAUUUCAUGUAGCAAAAUGAAAUUUAUUGCACAAGCUGAGAAACCAUUUCCUAGAUGAAGACAAUAUGAGAGAGAAGAGCCCUCAUUAUUUGGAGAAAAACCGUUUGUAUGAUAUUAUUUAAUACUUUCUUAUUGUUUC